UUCUUUCUGUACGACUUGGAAGCUGACAUUUGAGACAAUCUGCGAAUCUGUGCGUCGUUGUGUGCUGCAGGCAGGUAGAUGACAUGCAGGGUGAGCCAUGGACCAGAUCACCUUCCAUUAUGGCACGGUGUGUCUGACGUGUGUGUGUUCCCCAGGUGUGCUGCAGGCAGGUAGAUGACAUGCAGGGUGAGCCAUGGACCAGAUCACCUUCCAUUAUGGCACGGUGUGUCUGACGUGUGUGUGUUCCCCAGGUGUGCUGCAGGCAGGUAGAUGACAUGCAGGGUGAGCCAUGGACCAGAUCACCUUCCAUUAUGACACGGUGUGUCUGACGUGUGUGUGUUCCCCAGGUGUGCUGCAGGCAGGUAGAUGACAUGCAGGGUGAGCCAUGGACCAGAUCACCUUCCAUUAUGGCACGGUGUGUCUGACGUGUGUGUGUUCCCCAGGUGUGCUGCAGGCAGGUAGAUGACAUGCAGGGUGAGCCAUGGACCAGAUCACCUUCCAUUAUGACACGGUGCUGUCUGACGUUCACCUGUUGCUGCCCAACUCUCGCCACCUCAUGGCACGCCUUAACAGCGUAGGACAACCAGUGUUCAUCUCCCGGUUCAGAAUCCUGUGGGACGGAGCGAAGCAGCACACCUGUGACCUCGGUUCCCCCUGCGGAGGGGAAGAGUUAGACCGCGACACCCAGGAGGAGAGUGGAAGGGGAGAUGCUAGGGGGAGUGAGACUGUGGCUGACGCAGGGGCAGACGGAGGAGUGGACAGAGGGGAGGACGGAGGAGUGGAUGGAGGGGAGGACGGAGGAGUGGACAGAGGGGAGGACGGAGGAGUGGACGGAGGGGAGGACGGAGGAGUGGACGGAGGGGAGGACGGAGGAGUGGACAGAGGGGAGGACGGAGAGGUAGAACCACCCCUGGAUGAAGAUGGAGAUUUAGAGGUACCACGCAGGCCCAGACAAACACUCCCUGAGAGGGACAGAGACAUGGUCUACCCCAUCAUCCUCAGCCAGGCAAGAAGAGAGGAAGAGGAGGAGGAGGAGGAAGAGAAGUGUCCUAGAGACGUCAUCAGGAUAGAACACACUAUGGCCACGCCUUUAGAAGAUGUUGGCAAACAGGUCUGGCGUGGUGCCUUCCUAUUGGCUGAUUUAAUCCUGUCUCAGCCAACUACAUUCAGAGGAGCCACUGUCUUGGAGUUGGGGGCAGGGACUGGGCUGACCAGCAUAGUCAUGGCAACGGUGGCCAAAACAGUGUACUGCACAGACGUUGGGGAGGAUCUACUGAGCAUGUGCCAGAAGAACGUGACGUUAAACAGACACCUGAUGGAACCUGCAGGUGUGCUGCAGGCAGGUGUGCUGCAGGCAGGUAGAUGA